AUGAGGUUGGAUAUUAUACUCAGAAACUCAAAGGAAAUAAAGAUGAGGAUCUUGACGCUAAUUGUCCCGUCAUUCCUCCUGUUUGUAUCUAUCACUAUGAACCUGCCUUCGAAACCUCUCAAAAGGAUAAUCCUUGGAACAAUAGAACACCUAUCAGAAAUACAAGAAUCGGAAAUCGCCUAUGUGCUCUUUAUUUUGUGCAAUUGUGCUUCACUUCUCUUAUUCAUCCCAAUAUCAAUGACAACAAUGGCUGGUGGGUUUAUAUUCGGAAUGUAUAAGGGGACAAUGUUGAGCGUCAUUGGGAGAAACAUUGGGAGUGUUUUACCCUAUUGUUUGGGGAAGUUGUUUGGAAAAGAGUUGGCCGAGGCAUACUCAAAAAAAAACGAGUGGUUUGAAUGCGUUGUAAAAAUACUCUCGACAAAAAUCCAUCUUUUGUGCUUAUUCAGAACAUGUCCGUUUAUCCCUUUCACACUUACGAACUAUUUGUUGGCGCCAUUUGUUAAGCCCAAGGAAUUCUUCUUUGCGACGUUUGUCGCAACAAUUCCAGCAUCUCUGCUGUACACCUACCUCGGAACACUGGUACACGAUGUUGUGAACAUGUUCUCCACUGACGAUUUCAUUUUCACGGUUCCGUCGAUUCUGUUUUUGGUGUUUGCGUUGGCACUCAUCAUUGCGUUCUUCGUCGGUUUCGGGUACUUUUUCAAAAAGGAGAUUAAAACCGGACAAAGAACAGAGAAGAAGAAGCAGAAAAAAAUAUACUUCCUUAGCGAAGUCUCGAUUCCGACCAGCAGUGUCUCUCAAGGCGAAGCUCAUUUGGUCUAA